CAGCUCAUCAGGAUGUCCUUCCUGACUAAUAAAGCUGAUAAUGCGUUCAGGAGGAAGUUGGGCCAGAAAUCUCCUGUGGACCCUUCUAGCGUGGAUUUCCCUAUGAUCCUGUGUGUGUUUUCUAGCGGUGGUGCUGCAGCAGCCUAUGAUGCAUAUUGUAUACCUGGGGCUACUGGUGACCUGUGGAUGACUUAGAUCUUGUUCUGGGUGCAGAGAUUUGGGAAAGAGCAGCUGAGUCACCUGACACUGCCCUAAAAUGGUGGCAGAGCAGCCAGGUCUGGGCCACAUCCAGUCUUCCUGCAUCCCACUGCAAGGUUACAUACUGGUCAUGUGCAGCCCAGGGGUAGACAAAAUAGCCCAUCUAGGGAACAUGGAGGGAACAUGCUGUCUCCUUGGCCACACAGCUAAAGCAGCUCUGCCGGCCAUAGCCAGGGUCACAUUACAGGAAGGAUUUCAGCUUGUCUAGGGUAUGGGGCAGCUCUUAUGUUCCCAGCUCUUCACAGAGUAAAGGCCUUUGGAAGUUGUUCUCUAUAGAUUCAGCACAUAGUCCAGGCUCCCUCUUGCUCCCUGAGUGUCACAGCUGGGCUUGUUGCAGGCAGGUGGGCUCCAGGGGGCUGCCAUUUGCUCUGUGCCAAUGCCACUGCUGUGAUCCUCCUGCCAGCAUCUCUCAUUAUUUUAAUUUCUUGGCCAAUGUGGCCUGAUUCUGACAAGGUGAGGGAUCCAGUUUUGGGGUGUGUGCAUGUCAGGGGUGCCGCAAUCUCUGCACAGUCCCUGAGAACCUCUCAAAAAAAGUAGGUGUGACAAAUGGCUCCCUGCAACCCAAUGAGGAGCAUUCCUCUGAUUUUUGUCAUCUCAUUUCCUCACUGCCAGUGCAGUGUGACCCAGCGGGAACCCCGUAGGACCCCUCUCCCUGUAUGCAUGCUACGCAUAUCUGGCCUUGUUCGGUUCUGCCAUGCAGACAGUUCAUGUGUGUGUCAGUCUAUCUUUGUCCCAGGCUAUUAGUAUCCUGUGGCGUUGUGCAGAGCCCUUCUUCCUCAGCCUUUGGCAGACUUGGCUGAGCUCCUCAGCACUAAAACCCUGACUGCUCCUGAAAGCGCUUCUGCUCAUUAGGAGCACUGUGGCUGCUUGGGAGUAUUGAGGGCUCACAUCACCACCGUGGUGGGGGCAGUGAAUCAUUCACAUUUGUGCUCCCUCCCAGGUGGAGACACUUGCUUGAUACUGGAGCCAAGGUCAGCAAGAGCCCUUCAGACUGAGAAGCAAUGGGAAAUUGGCAUGGGGCAACCUGUGGCUGCUGCCUGCUGCCAACUGGGAAAUGGGUACAGGACAGCUGGCCCUGUGUGACCUGGUGUAUUGUCACUCCUGCGUGGGGUGGCUGCCUCACUCCUUGCAGCUGGGUCACGCUGCCAGCACAUUCUCCCUCUCUCUUCCAACCUCUAAUUUUGGAUUGGAAAUACAAAAAGUUGCUUCUUGGCCCAUUUUUUAAUCUCUGUUGCUAUUUAUCUGGGAGCAGACAGAUUUUUGCAGAGCAACCCUCAUUUUCCUGCAGGCUGGGCACUGUUGAUUAUUUUCAUUUGAGCUGUGCACUUCAGGAUUGCCUCCUGGAGACUCCCACCAGCAACUGCUGCUUUUUCCCAGAAUGCAGCAACGUUUUCAGAGCAUCCAAGUAGCUGUGCAGUCACAAGUGACUGUGCCCUGGGAAAUAUGAAAUACCCACAGCAACUAGUAUUUUUUUUAAGCGGCAAUCAAUGAGAGGCCAUUUCCAGCUGUACAACACCAGCUGGGCACUGUCUGUGCCUGCCCUGAAGGGCUCAAGCAGCAUUUCCAUGGGCUUGGUGUAAAUGACUCAUAGGGGUGCAGUUCCAUUGCCCCUGGCUUGAUCUCCUCUCAGCUCACAUGGCAUUGCUGUACCAGGAGUAAUUUAGGUGGUUACCCUCCUACUCUCUCCUGUGGCAGUGAUGCAGGGAUGGAGGCUGAGCAACUUGUUGCUGUGUCCAUGAUGAUGCACUUUCACUCUCUGUAUCCACCACCAAAGCAGUAACAUUGACUGAUAGGAUUAAUGUGCUUCCAACCCGGGUGGCUAUUUUAAGGUCUCAAGAUAAGCUAGGUGCUGAUGUAGGAUUGACAAAUCCCCUCAGCACGCUGGAAAUGCUGCUGCGUGCAGGCGUGCUGCUGGGCAUGCAGCUUUGUGCUAAUCCCCCUCUGCGCCUUCAUGUUGCCCUGCCCCAUGCCAGACCUUGCACAAGGCUCUCUCCUCCCCAGCCUCCAAAACUUUGCUCCUUGCUCUGGUUUUGCAGUGUACAAAGUGUUUGGUGCACAGGGGAAAUGCUCGCAUCUGAGGUGAGAGGAGGAACAGAGACAGCCCAGCUCUGUGCAUCCCACCAAGCCCUUUCCAGCAGGGCUGCACUGAUUCCAGGGCUGGUUCACGCACGCACCUUCCCUUGCCUCAAGGCUCUAUGUUUUUCCAGCCCUGCCUCAAACCCUGAUGUAACUGCUUAUGUCAAUUCCCUGCAAUGCUCACAUUCCUCCUCUUAACGUGCUAUGUUUUCAGAGAAAUCUAUGAGUUUUACCCUGUCAUUGUUGGCUCAGACAUCAGAGCUGGAGAGUGAUAUGCUACCAAGAGCAGACAGGUUCAGCAGCUGCAUUUUUCUGCAGUUCCCCUCAUGACCUCCUGCAGAACAGCCUGCUGUGAUGUGCGCUGGUAACUGUCUCCAAAAACCUUUCUGUUUCAGGUGGCCUAAGCACAGCAGUGGGGUAUCCUCUGGACACGGUGAAGGUACCUGUUGGAACUUUACUUGUUGACUACAAUCUGAACACAAAUGGGCCAUGUGGCGUUUUUCUCCCCAUCAGAAAACCAGGCCAAUGGCUGAAAGCUUCCAGCUUUGUCAUAUCAAUGUGAGGAUUCAGACCGAGGGGCAUUACAACGGCAUUUGGCACUGCAUCCAAGAAACAUACAGGACAGAAAGAGUUUUGGGAUUUUACAAAGGUGUGUCAGCAUCAAUCUUCUCAGUGUCGCUGAUCUCUUCUGUUUCAUUUGGCACAUACAGAAACUUCCUUUGUAACAUCUGCAAGCUGCGGUAUGGCACAGCCGAUGCCAAGCCAUCGGGGCUGGAUGUUUCUCUGGCUGGAGGUGCUGCUGGUGCUGUGCGGGUUGUGCUAAUGACACCGAGUGAAGUGGCUAAAGUUCGGAUGCAGACCCAGAGGAACACCCAUCCCUCCAUCACAUCCCCCCAGCCCCUUUCCAAACCAAAGUACCGAGGGUCUCUGCACUGUCUGAAGGUGAUUGCCAAGGAGGAAGGCUUUGGGGGUCUGUACAAGGGAUGCUCUGCAUUGCUCUGCAGGGAUUGCUCCUCUUCUGCAAUAUAUUUCCUGACAUACUCUUCUCUCUGUGACUGGCUCACACCAGCUGGGAAAAACAAACCAGGUUUCCUUGUUGUGCUGCUCUCUGGGGGCUCUGCUGGAGUGCUGGCCUGGGGCCUGGCCACCCCAAUGGACGUCCUCAAGUCACGGAUGCAGGUGGACGAGUCGGGACAGCACAAGUACAAAGGCCUCAUCCACUGUGCAAGAGAAAGCGUCAGAAAGGAGGGGCUCAAAGUGCUGUUCAAAGGCCUGGGUUUGAACUGCAUCCGUGCCUUUCCUGUGAACAUGGUGGUGUUUGUCACAUAUGAAGCUGUACUGAGGCUUACAGAUCAUUUUACAAACAAAAAAUAGCUGAUGCAGCUCUAGCAAGAAGUGUAUUUUGUUUGGUUUGGUUUUGUAGCCCAACACAGACACACACUGAGCUCUCCACUGAUGGGCAGCACAUGAAGCAGAGGCAUUUCAGCAUAGUGCCAGGUGACUGCCUCAUUUCCCUCUCAUAGGAUUAAUACUCAUCAGGGAGGCUUGCACUUGUGUACAACCUCCCUUUUAUCUUGUUAAUGUAUUUAGACUGUAGCCACUGCUUAGGCCACUCAAACAUAUGUAAUAUUUACGCUCCAAAAAGCUGCUGGUCUAAUUCGAGAUUUAGAUAAAGAUUUAAUUUUGUUUUCUACCAGCACAGAAAAAAAAAAAUCUUCACUACCAAGGCAGGAAUCAAGGGUUUUGUGUACAAUAUAACACCGUACAACACAUCCUCUUUAUACGUAAUGUUGUAAGGUAUCCACUGAGCACUCUCCGUAUCUGUGCUUCCAGCCCCAGCAGGUAGGCUGCUCACUCCUAGCCAUAGUUCGGCCAAGUACUCUACAAUUACAUUCCUUCAGUAGUGGCUGAAAUACGAAUCUGUUUCUUUUCCAGUUGUUUUCUUAGUGAGUGGCAGACAUAGUCUGCUCUACGUAAUCACUCAAUGGCCUCACUGAAAGUGAAAACAGGCAUAAAUUCCCAUAAACCAUGUGAUUUCUCCCCAGCUAUGGAUCUUUCAGUUCCUUCUGGUGGCAGCACAAUGUGCCUGAGUCCAGACAGAAUGUCUACAGCCUAUUCCUGUCCCACAGGGAGGGCUGGAAGAGAUGCAAAAAGCCUUUGAUUCUCAAAGGAGAGACUGCCAUAAAAUCUGUGCACAGGUGGAUUAGGUAAUUUACAGAAGAACUGCAAAAUUGUGUAUCAUAGUUGAGAUUUUCUUCUUUAAAAAGUGCAUACUCUUCUCACUUUAAAAUGCAUUGUUAGGAGCAGCCAAAUGCAGUGGCCUUUUUUUUCUCCCCCUGGAGCUACAUUUUGAUGGAAUCCAGCUUUCCCAAAAAACAUUUUUUUUUUUUCACAAAAGAGUGAAGUUUCAUACACAUCAGCUGAUUUUUUUUUUAGUGUUGUUUUUUAAGAAAAAGCACAGAAAUACUUUGCUGAUCCUGCUUCAGGAGUAACAUAGAUGUUUCUAUUUCUAUAUUUCUCCCUGAAUGGUGACAACUAGAACAGAAUGGAUCUGCUGAAAGAGUGCUUUUUUUGAAGGGAAAGAGGAAGACCACUUUUUUAAGGAGUUAUCUUAGGGCUGAUAACCUUCUGGUCCUCUUUUACAAGUUGAUAGCAUACGCUUGGUUGCACAUACAGUAAUUUUGCAGCACAUAGGACUUGGCAGCCACCCUGGAAAGUGAAGAAUUACUCUUGUACUAGAUGGACAAGUUUUGAAAUGUCAGAUGCUACUAGGAAAGAAUAAAGGUGUUUUCCUUCAGAGAGAAACUAGUAAGAAGUUCCAGAACUAUCCUGAAACCUAAGCCUUCAGCUUGCUUUUUAAACUGCGUCAUAGCCAUGCUACCAACAACUUUCAGAAAUGUUGUCUCUCGUGAGUCUAUUAAGCUCUCAUGUGUGAUCCAAGAGCAGAUUUAAGAUACUAGACAGGUGUAGAGCAUGGGGGGGACUGAAAGAUCUGGCACUGAAUCUGAUUCUAUCCCAAAGUGUGGGUGGCCUCAGUAACCUGUGACCCAUGCUUAGACCUUUGGGGCAUCAGCUCCAAACUUCCUUUGCUUUGAAAGUCCUUACAACAGAAGAUUUAAUUAAGUCCUCGAGAUUUGGAAUUUCUCUUAAGACAAAUGCUAAGAAACUUCUGCUCUCACCUAUGAGGGAUGCAUCUGGCUGAGGGCUGUCCCAGUAGGGUACUAACUUGUCCCAGCUCUGUCAGACCAUUUUCUAGAAUCAAAUUCCUUUAUACUGAAUUAUUCUCAGCUGACCUUACUUCCCAAGCAUUACAUCCUGUGAACAGACAGCAAAAUACGUAGCUAUAUGUCAGGCAAAACAACCAUUUAUUAUUAGACAGCAUUGAUAUUGUCCAUGGUCAGCCCAAGGUUUGAAAAUAAAGUCUAACCAAAAGUAUCCCAACUUUCCCAAUACUUUCAAGCAUUCAGAUGACUAAAAAUGUCUCUUCUGGUGGGUGUAACUUACACACAGCUUGUUUCAAGAAGCAGGAAUUACAGAGGGAUUAGAAAAUUAGUGGGUACAGCUGUGGAAGUCAGUGAGAGGAGCUGAGAACAGUGAGCCCCUAGGUACUCAGCAUUGUAAAAAAACAGGUUCUCCUGUGGCCUGAGCAGAUAAAUAUUAUGUGAGAGGUAAGUUGUAUUUUUAAGUAAUUUAUUUCAAGACUCUAACUGCUUGCACUAUAGAACGUGCUACAGUACCUUACUGGAAAAAACAGAAAAUGUACCCUAUAUACACAGGGUUUGACUGACAACCUGCUUUAAGACAAGAACUCAUGGUAAUUUAUAUCAAGGUGAAUUAGCCACCGGGCAAAUGUAUUGAAUGCGUAAGUACUGUAAACCUAGGCAUGUAAAUAAGAACCAACUUUUCUUUAAUGAUGUGACAUAGUGUUUAUAUUGUGUACUUAACUCUAUAUGCAGCAAGCUGUUUGCCUUGUAGACUUCAGAACUUGGCUGCUCUAUUUUCUGAUUACUUUGUAUUGCCUUGACCUUCAGCUUCUGUAUUUGCUGCUCUGAUAAUCUCAGAACUAUUUCUUCUGAUACGUUAUCUAGCUGAAGGCCAGUCAGCAGAGUGAAGGCACCACAUAGCUCUCUGCAUAGACAGUUUCUUUCAGAAACAGACUUGCUGGCCUUGAAUAAAGAAAACUUUCUUUAGAA